AGGAUAUGGCUCAAGCCAACCCCAAGCCCUAAGACCGCAAGAUGCAAAUGCUGCUCGCCUGUAUGCAAGCCCAGUUGGCGGUGAAGGAAGGGGUAUGCCACUCUACCCCGGCCAAUGGUGAGGUUUAAAGGCUAACCUGCGCAAGGUUUGGCCCCAAUAUGCCUGUAGAAUUUUCUGGCAGACCUCAAAUUGAAGGUUCACGCAGGUUUGCAGAGCAAUGCCAAGACGAGGCAGCCAAAGGGUUCAGCAUUGAAGUCCUUCAGAACUUGAGGCCGCGUGUGCCCAGUUCUGGCUACUGGGCGUCUGCAGCCUGGGACCCAGACUGCCGGGUCUACGCUGGUGCUGAGAUCUUUCAGACCCACAACUUAGCAGAGCAACAGGAUCAGCAAAAGCAGGAGUGGCCGAAGCAGCAGAAGCAGCAGAAGCAGCAGGACCAGCAGGACCAGCAGGCAGAGCACGCACCAAUGAGGCGUGGUGGCAGCGCAUCCUACUGGGGCGCAAUGGUGGAUGUGCUCCCAGCCGAGGUCCACUUUGGCGACCACAUGGCGGGCGAAAGAAAUGCGCCCGGCCAAGCUCCAGAGGAAUCCAUGUCGCUCAGGCUGCGGAGCAGCUCGGAUUACUGGACCUCAGGAAAUUGGAAUCUGGAGCUGCAGAUGGGCAAGGAGCAUACAGACACCCCGUCGACUAGCUGCACAAGUGAGUCUACCAAGUGCAUGACUCGCCAUGACAGCAACGCAUAUUGGGAUGCCAACCAGUGGGAUCCGGAUGAGCGGGUGUAUGUGGGCGCCGCGGCAGGGCAGACCAACCACCUGGUGGCGGUGAUCCAUGGCGACGACAAGCUGCUCCGCGCAUGGGCUGGGGGCCUGACCUGCGAGUCGGGAACAUGUGGACGUGGGCCGCGGGACAUCAGCAGCUUGGGGCCUUCCGAGCACUCGGAGCCCGAGCUGCAAGACCUCUAUGAGGUGGAGUCCGACUCUGUCGGCUUCGGCAGCUUCGGGGUCGUGAGGCUGGCGCGCCACCGGCAGAGCCAGACCCGGUGCGUGGUGAAGAGCCUCAACAAGUCCCAGACAGGGCCCUCGUACAAGGCCCAGGUGGAUGGUGGCCUGUAUGAGCGGCUGCUGGGAAUGUCUUCUACGCCGCAUGAAGGCAUCGUCAAGUAUUUGGACAUGCUGGAGAGCAAGGAUCAUUACUAUGUGGUCAUGGAGAGCCUCCACGGCCCUGAGCUCUUGGACGAAAUGGAGAGUCUCUGUCCUGUGACAGAGGCCCACUGCCAGCAAGUGAUGCGCGAGGUCUUGUCUGCUCUGGCCCAUAUCCAUGACACUGUUGGAAUCUGCCACCGGGACAUCAAGUUGGACAACUUCCGGUACCGGAGUCCAGGACAAGGCGCCCAACUUGUGCUUUUAGACUUUGGCUUCCUUGCUGACUUGGACACUCCAUGGGACGGCAAGAAGUGCGGGACACGUAUGUACAUGGCUCCGGAAGUACUGGCAGAGACAGCACAGCAACCACACCUUGCUGCCAUUGACAUGUGGGCAGCCGGAGUGCUCCUGCAUCUUGUGCUCUUGAUUGAGCGCGGAUUGAUUUGGUAUUUGCUUCUGACGGGCGACGGCCCAGUCCAGCCGGAGCAGCUACAGAUCUUGGCAAAGUUAGACCAGGAUGCGAAGAACAUCAUUGCAGAGGCUUUGGAGGCAGAGCAAGUGAGAUCUGCGUCGAAGGAGGCGGCAGAUCUCCUGCGGAAGCUUUUGGACUUGAAGGCGAGCAGCCGCAUUCGAGCCGCUGACGCGCUCAAGCAUCCAUGGAUGUCCCUGUCUUUGGACGGGGCUUCUCGGGUUGGACCAGCCAAGAGGGACUCCUACAGAACAGCCACCAGGAGCGCCCAGGAGGUGACUCUUGUCGAGUGAAGCCUUGCCUGGAACUAGUUUUAAUCCAGAGAACAGUCGAACAUAGAUAGGUACAGAUCCUUGCAGCUUUGCCGACAUUCAAUCAGAUGACACUACGUCGUUGCUUAUCUUAUUGCCGACAACGCAACUCACUCAACG